AUGUGUGACUACAAAUCCAAUCUAAAACCAAUGGCGUUGAAAACUUCGCCGGUGCAGCCAGCAGUGCGCCGCCAUAGCCUUGUAUGCUACGUUGUUCUCGUCGUACUAACUCUAAUCUUCAUCGCAGCUGUAGGUUUCCUCAUUACCUGGUUUGUAACCAAACCCAAGAAACUUCAUUACACUGUUGAGAACGCCUCGGUUCAACAUUUUAACCUUACCAACGACAAUCACAUGUCAGCUACGUUCAAAUUCACCAUCCAAUCCCACAAUCUCAACCACAGAGUCUCGGUUUACUACAGUUCCGUCGAGAUAUUCGUUAAAUUCAAGGACCAGACGCUUGCCUUCGACACGCUCGAGCCGUUUCACCAACCGAGGAUGAACGUCAAGCAGAUUGAUGACACGUUGGUUGCAGAAAACGUGGUCGUUUCCAAAUCCAAUGCAAAAUAUUUGAGGGCUCAAACUUUGUCGGGAAAGAUAGAUUUUGAAGUGUUUGUCAAGGCGAGGGUUAGGUUUAAAGUCGGGGUAUGGAAGACAGCACAUCAUACGGCUAAGGUUAAGUGUUCUCAUGUCACGGUCUUGUUGUCGCAGUUACAAAAUUCCCAAAAUAGUUCUUGUGAUGCUGAUAUGUGAUUACUAAGUUUGCAUUUUCAUUUUAAUAAUCGUAUUGUUCAUCCUCCCAUAUCCGAUGCAUGAACGAAUUAUUUAUACAUUUAUACUUGUUUUUAA